UCUGUUUGACGUCCUUUGUUUAAGACUGAAUUUUCCUAAUUCCACACCUUGCUCUUUUCCCAAUAUUACUUGAAGGCCUAGGAACUUAUAGGUGAUGGACCUGACCAGAUUGUAUUUCUGGAGCAUCUAGUGAUCUGGACGAGAGCUAUCCCAAGUUACAGGAUGGAUUAAUUUAAACAGAAAUGACUUAAAUCAGCAAGCAGGAAAUCUAGAGCAACACGUGGUUCAUCCUCCUGCCUAGAAAGUGAGAGUAGUUUUUCUGCGAUAACCUCAGGCUGUGCUAAUUUGAGGUGUCAGAAGAUGAGUUUAUUUAUUGAUAGGCAAUGUGAAAAUGGCAGUGGUGCAGUGCAAUGCACAUCUUUCCAUAUAUUAUCUGAAAGAUAAAUGGAAAUCCUCUUCUGGUAUAAUAAGAAAUGGAAAAGGUUUUCAGAAUAAAAGUCAGUUUAGGACAAUUGCACCAAAGAUGGUACCUAAAGUUAUAACAUCAGGGGUGGUGUCUUGUCUUCCACCUGUUCUUCCUGAACAAACUAAUUCUAUUUCAUCUGCAAGCUCUAAACCACUUAUAAUGCCAACACAAAACUAUACUCUAAUGCAAGUUGCUGGUUGUGAGGGAACUUUUUCUCUUGUAGCUUUACCACAUAUCACCCCUGCACUGGCAGCACAACGAAUCCAACAAUCAAAUGUGUCCCCUCCUGAAAACCUCAAACUACCCAUUCCUAGGUAUCAAUCUGUAAAAAAUAAAUUGUUGAUUGACAAAAAAACAAUUCAAACCUCUUCUUCAAGUGCACAUAACAAGAUUUCCAGCAAGGUACAAACUUCAACACAGACACCAGCAAUGACUACUUCAACUGGAGACCUUCCUGACGCUCAUUCUACUACAGAUAAGUUGUUCAUUGACAAAAAAACAAUUCAAACCUCUUCUUCAAGGACACAUAACAAGAUUCCCAGCAAGGUACAAAUUUCAUCACAGACACCAGCAAUGACUACUUCAACUGGAGACCUUCCUGAAGUUCAUUCUAUUACAGAUUCAUCUGAACAAGUUAUUUUAAUUGAUCAUGGUUCUACUGAAAUUACAGUUGGUACUUUACUCAGUGAAAACAACUGUGUAGAAUCUGGAUCUCCUUUAUUAAACAAAACAGAAACGGCUGAAGAUAGUAUUUCGGGACCAUCUGUCAUUAAGGAAUGUUUGUCCAAGCCAGUGAAUCCAAGUAAUCCUGUGAAAAUGAGUCUACAUUCCAUGAAAUCAACUGUUGAAGCCACAAAAGGCUCACUCAUAACAUCUGAGAAACUUAAAGAAAAACUGGUGAAUUCUGCAAAUUCUGUCACUGUCCUGUCACCGGCAAUAUUUGGCAAUGAAGUUCAAUUGACUCAGUCCGCACCAAAAGGAAAGCUUCCUAUUUUGCCAUAUUCAAGAAUGAAAAAUGCAAUGUUCUGUAAAUCUAAACAAAAUUCUAACACUGUGGCUGCAUCUACUCCUGGGCGAAGACCUGAAUGUGAAAAAAUACCACCUUUGGUAAAAACCUUUAAUGUUUCUACCAGAGUUUAUGAUAAACUGCUAGCAAUAUCUUUUGCACAAAUCUCCAAACAAGCCCCCCGUGAAAAUACCUUCAGUCCAGUCACUAAACUGGAUGUUGAUAAUCUAAAGAAAUUGAAUGGUGUAGCCUCUAAGAGAAGAGGUAGAAAACGAAGAACCCCAGAUGAUAUAUUGGCAUUUCAGACCAAAAGAAGAAAGUGCAUCAUUAAUAAAUUUAGAGAAGGUAAAGAGAGAGUAAAAGUUGAAUCAAAAGGCAGUAGGGCUGAGUCAGUUAAAAAAUACCGUAGUAUCAGACCAAAACCUGUAGUUAUGCAGGCUUUAGCUCCACUGACUUCUGCGGCUAUAAUAGAGACUCAGACUCCUGACUGCAUAGAACAAGACAUUUUCUUAAAUGAUGCACUUCCAAAUAAAUAUUUAAGCUGUAAGCAGAGUGGUGGCACUCCUGCUAAACAAAGUGAUCUGUGUAGAAAUUUAUUUUCUGCUAUAUCUAAGCCGUGGCAUAAGUGCCAUGUCUGUAACUACAACUUUCAAUUUAAACACCAUCUUCAGGACCACAUGAACACACACACAAAUAGACGGCCUUAUAGCUGUCGAAUUUGCCUGAAAGCAUAUGUUCAUUCAGGAAGUCUAAGCACUCACAUGAAGCUUCAUCACAACGAAGGCAGACUCAAGAAACUUGUGUGUUGUGAGUUUUGUGCCAAAGUAUUUGGCCAUGCAAGAGUAUACUUUGGCCAUCUGAAGGAAGUACACAGGGUUGUUAUCAGCAUCGAGCCCUCCACAGGCGAACAACAACUGCAAGAUGCUUUAAAGAAUAGAGACAUAAAUAUAAAAGGAGCAGAAGAAACAGUAGAGAGGGGAAAUAAAUGCAAUUUUGAAGAUUUAUUUCAGAGUCAAGCAGAAGUCAAAUUACAGAUCAAAUGUGGGAGAUGCCAGUUUACUGCACAGUCUUUUGCUGAGAUGAAGUUUCAUUUGUUGUGUUUUCAUGGCGAGGAGCUCCCAGGAAGAAUAAAAGAAGGAAUUUUACAGGGAGGCAAGGGAGCUCAGGAAGAACUGAUCAAACAUGCAGCUCAUUUCUGGAAGCAGCGCAAAGAGAGACGAAAUCCAGUCAAACGUGGCACUUGUGAGGAAGAGUUUUAUGCUUUUCCAAAACUGAAAAGGCAAAUAUAUCUUCAUCAAAAUAAUUUUGAUACUUUAACCAAAAGUGAGGUUAUUCCAUCAAGUAACAGUGAACCAGGAAAGGAGUUGCAAAAUUUUGGCUGUGCCACACAAAAUAAAAAAAUUCAAAUUUGGUGUAAAGCUGAUUACAACUGCAUUUUAUGCAAGCAGGUAUUUGGAAGAAAAGAGGGGCUUUUCAGUCAUUGGCAGAAUCAUCAUAAUUGUGAAGACCCCUCUGUUCUUUGGACUAUUUUUAAUUCAUUCUCCAAAGAGGGAGUUAUUGAACUUUCUAAUAACGCUGAAAAAUGAAGCAGUGGCAAAAUUCAGCUAGAAAAGUAUUCCAUUUCCAAGGUUACUGAUUUAUUUGUGUCUGAUUUUCAGUGUCAUAAAAAUUUACAAUUAAUGCACUCAUUCUCUUUUUGAUGAUCAGUUGCAGUGGUUUUACAUGUAGUUUAGGUUUGUUUGCUGAAUACAAAACUCUUAAUUCUCACCAUAGGCCUUUUCAUAUGUAUAAUAUAUAAUACACACAAACCUGUUAUAUAAUGCCAUACUUAAUAUUGAUGCACAAGGACCUUCACAGAAACAAGUGUGCAGAAUGUUAGAGAUUGAAAUUAAGAAGAAAAAGGGAGGAACUGAUAUUAUAUUAUGCUGUACUCAGAGACAUUAAUGUUGCCCUUUGUAAAGUAAUGGUGUACAAAUGUUCUUGUACAGAAUGACAAACCAGAUUGAAAAUAUAAUUUUCACUCUUAACAGUGCCUCCAGAUUUUAUGGGAAAUGUAUAUAUGCAUUCAGUUCUCUGGAUGCAUGUUAAGAUUUAAUGUACAUGCUUUUUUAUGCUUAUAAAUAUGGAGCACAGUUGUACAUUGGGACAAUAGAAAACCACAAGAAAAAUUAUUAAUGAACUCCAAGGAGUUCCUAUGGAUUUCUCUAGAAGUCUUCAGAAUUUAAGCUUUCUUUAAAAAAAAAAAAAAAAAAAAAAGUUAGAUAUUCUGAUUGUAAAGAUAACCUUCUCACUGCUGGCUCUUUGAGUCAAGGUUAUAAGCCUUGUUUAAAGUCUGUUGUGACCAAGUAGGGUUCCCAUAUUGUUUGGCCAGCAAAUGUAGACACUGCCUAAAAGUUAUGCUACUAUGAGCUAAAACCUUGUCUGCACCUAGACUUUUUGGGGGACACUAAUGUAGAUGGUGUAGAUACUCACCGCUGUGUUGUCUAACAGUGCUCGAAGGAGGUAAGAUGACACAGUGAUGAAAGUGGUGGUGCUCCUUUUACCCUAUUGCUUCCUCCAUUUCUACCAUCUGUCAAGCUGUACCUGUGGUAGUGCAGUCAUGGAAGAAUUAUCCAGAGAAAGUCUGAGGUAGGCACAUAACUUGCUAAAACUCUGAAAAGUCCAAGACUUUAGCCUGGUUAUGGGAACAUAGGAAGAUAGGGCCUAAAAAGUGUUGGAUUCUCAUAGUGAGAUCCUGGAAGAUAUUACACGAUUUUUCUGUUUUCUGUAAUAUCAGUAAAAGUCUGAUAAGCCGAUAACUUAGAAUGACAUUCCUUAUUCUGUUUGGUGUUUAAGUAUGAGACUGAAGCCAAAUAAAAUAGAAAACAAAAAGGAAAAAUCUCACAGAAACUGCAGUUGUUUGAGGAAGGGGAAAAGUCCCUGUAGAAUUUGACAACUUCCCUCCAAAUUCCCAUGGAUUCAAAUACUUGGUUGUUUCAUUACUUUUACUUUUGUCAGAAAGACUAUUUUCAUAUGCCAAACUAGUUCUGAAAUACUUUAUUUUAUGUUCUGGUCAGUUGUUUUGAUGACUUGUAAAUCUCUACUGCCUGGAGAUAUAAAAACUGUUCGUACUCUGAUGCUAACAUGUGUAUCCAUAUUGUACCUUUCACAUGUACUCUUACUGAAUAGGUGAAGUAAACGUGUGUAGAACAUGUAGAAAGGAAUACUUUUAAAGUUGAGUGUUUCUUUUUAAACAAGGAGUACCUUUCAUUUAGUACAGUGUAUUUACACUAAGAAGUGUUCUUUCCUGAAUUAGCAUGUUUUCAUUGAGAAGGAUACUUUUGAAUUAGCCUUUGCUAAUUUUCAAAUUCAAACUGUUUAGACUGGUGUCUUUGAGAUUAAAUUCUAGAAUAUAAGAAUAAUCCCUCCUCUAGUUAUAUAGUUAAAACACAUGAAAGGAAAUUGUGUAACACUCACUUUCUGUUUUCAUUAAAUAAUAAUUUAAAGAUGUUACAACCAUGUCAUGUUUAAAAGGACAUGGGUUUUAAUUUUUUUGUCCUCCCUUUGUUUUAAGAUCUAGCCAAAACCUUGCAAAUAAAAAAAUCUUCCUUUC